UUCCUGUCAGCAAUAAUAUGCAGUGCAAUAAAACUAAAGUAGCGUCUGAGACAACGGGAAUUACACUGGCAGUGCGAUAGUAUUAUAGCACGAAGCGGUGUCUUUACUGUGAGUAUUGUGUAGUAGUUUCCACUUCUACCGUCACUAAGUAUUAACCGCCGAUAGGAGAAACGAUAUAACGUUAAACAGUAACACGAUGAUGUGUGUACCUACCAGCAAGAAUUCAAGUGUUUAUCGUCCGUCGUUGAAAUAAUUUACACAGUACUCAACUAUUGAUCCAGCCUUAAGCUGAAAUGAAUUUCUUGCGUAAUCGUCUUGUCAUACUGGGCUUGGUGCUGUCAGCCACGAUAUUGCUGUAUCUAUUGCUGCCGUCCAUCCGGCACGGCGGCAUGGAGCCGUCCCUGGACGUCAAGAAGAUGGGUCUGGCAGCGGCCUCUCCUCCUGCUCCAACCAUCAACAUGUCCAUCCGCACCGGUCAGCUUCCCGGAGACCCCCCGCUGUUCUUCCGAGAAGCUUUACCAAUUGAUGCAUCGGGGAGGCAGAUAUUGCCGAGGCUUCAAGUGGUCCUUCUGCAUGGCCAGGCCUUUUCAUCGAAAACUUGGGAAGAACUUGGUACCCUUGCCUUACUAGCGACUAAUGGAUUCCAAGCAUUGGCUAUGGACCUACCAGGAUUUGGGAAUUCUCCUGACUCGGAUGCACUGAAAAGUGACCAGAAUCGAGUGGACCUCCUUCAGCGUUUCAUGGAGUCGCUUGGCGUCCGGACGGCAGUGCUCCUCAGCCCUUCUAUGAGCGGCCACUAUUCUCUACCGUUCCUCUUCAAGCACAGCACGCAGCUUCAUGGCUAUAUUCCCAUCGCUCCCGUCGGAACACGAAACUACACUCCGCAGCAAUACCAAAACAUUCAGACUCCCACACUGAUUGUGUACGGAGCCCUGGACACUAAUCUGGGUGCACAGUCCCAUAAGAAUCUCAUGCAGCUCCCCAGGCACACAGUGGUGAAGCUGGAGGGGGCACGCCACGCAUGCUACAUGGACAAACCCACAGAGUUCCACCAAGCACUACUGGACUUCCUCAGCAAACUACAGUGAAGGAGAUGAUGGAUCAGGCGACAAAGAGCAUUAUGUCAUAAUAUCUGUUACAGAGUGGUACGGUUACUUCUGUUGUUGAAUUAUUAGAUGAACAAUGCGAUGUAUGUCACUCAGUGUGAGAGUCAUCAGCACAUGUUUGGUUUGGGGUGACUGAAGAUGGCAAAGGAAUUGUUGAGUUACUUGUUAAUGUUAUAAAAUGGUAAUUUUCAUAGUCUACAAAAGUUCUUUACCUAAAAAUAUUUUUUCGUAUUAUGUCAUCUAGAGAUCAACGCUAGACUAGUGGAUCUUGUUAAUGUCUGUGUGAACAUGGUUUUAUUGUUACCAUUUUUGUCGGUGACAUCCCUUCGUCUAAGUAUGAAAUGUUACAGUUUAUGUAUUUAAAAUGUAUCUUAUCCCAUUUUAGCUUUAUAUUCGAUCUGCUUUGAAAAUGUUAAUCUUGGAUUGGUUUGUUGUAUAUUCUUAAAAUGAAAGCUAUGUUAAAGAAAGACUUGCUGCAUUAUACAAUAAGAUUCAAUGAACAACUUAAUCUACGUUAAAAUUAAUAAAAUAUUGCCUAUUUAUUUAAAUUUAGAAACUAAUAUAUUUGGAAAGGAUUUGAGUAGCAAAAAGCAUCAUCUGCAUAUCGUAUUUAAAGUGUGUGCCGUCAUCUGAGUAUUCAGAUUGGUGUAAAUGCUAAGUGUGUUGUUGUAAAUUACUGUCUGUUAAUAUAAAAUCAAUGCGACACAGCCUGUCCAUUGAAACCUACAAGAAA